AUGACGUCUUCCUGCAAAGCAGUAGAUGCGUGGAUGCAGCACCCGACGAAGCGCUUCAUGACUGAUGACAUCUUCACUUCGCUGCUGCGAUGGAAUCGCCUCGACCCUGUUCAGUUCCAGCAAGAGGAACAUCCGAUUUACUCCACGCAGAUGUCCUUGAGCAGCAUGGAUUCAGGACUUGUGGAGGCAGGCCUUAUUAGCGCGUGGUACAGUCCACAGGGGCCAAUGAUCUCCAACGAGGAUGUGCGGAAGGCCUGCGCAGCCCACCCUGGUCGCUUCUUCGGUGUUGCUUCUGGAGACAUUCGCGAUCCCGUGCGUUGCGUGCAAGAGAUUCGAAAUUUUGUCCAAAAUCAUGGCUUCGUGGCAGUGCGAAUUCUGCCGUGGCUGUGGCAAAAGUAUGCCAACGACCCUUUGUUCUAUCCGAUAUACACGGCGUGUGUCGAGCUGGGCGUGCCGUUGUGCUUGCAGGUGCCGAGCGUUAUCCAAGCGGCUCAGUGCGGGCACUACCCCAUCGACGGACGCCUGCAGGAAGUCUUCGAAGCCAUUCGCGGUGGCAAAUUCUCAGAGGGUGAGCCGGAUGCGCAGGCAGAGUUCAAUUCGAUUCUGGAUCGGCUGUGCAAUCUUCAAGCAGCAGGAACAUGGGACGGAGACAGGUAUCUCGUGAUCCACGAUUUCCCAUCCUUCGUAGAUGCUCAGGCAAAAGUGGAUGCUACCUACAAGGACAAAGCCACAUGGUGUCGCCUCAGCAUUCAGGCCGCCUCGUCCAUGUCGAGGUUUUCCACUGAUCGCACCAUCGCAGAAUAUGCUGAUGUGAUUUGGGGUGUGAAGCCGGCACGACGCGAGCUAGAACCCGUAGUCGUGGGAUCCGUGCCGGUGCCGAAGCCGAAGGCAGAGUGCAUCCUCAAGGUCGAUGCGAUCCCAAAGGCCGCCCGUCCUGUCAAGGACACUUUGAGACCGGGCACGUUAUCAGCUGAUGCCAAGGCAGAACCCAAGCAAGGGAAGGUGAACGUGCAGGAAUCAGAUGCCGCGGCCGAUGGCAGCGCCAGCUGA